AUGGCAAAUUUCACAGUGUGUUUAGGACACUUUUGUGAAGUUCAUGGGCCAUGUUCAAUAAUUUCUACCCAAAUAUCUAAAACCAAAAAUAUAUUGAAGACUAAAGCUUCUAAUUUACAAACUUGUCAAUCGUGUCAAUUAUCCUUACCUAAUGAUGUCAAUAAUAUCGUUACUAAAUCCAAGAAUGAAUUCUUUAUUUCAUCACAAUAUCCCAGUAAUCAAGAUCUUUAUAGGUCAUUAACUAAAUUAAUAAUGAAAAUUUUAUCAGUUGAAACUUCGGAUAUUUCCAAACCUUUGUUCUUGGGUGAUAAUGCAAAUGGUUUUACAUUAACCAGAAUCUUUAAAAUCAAAGAUUUAAAUGCAAGAGGUGGUGAACGAAAAUAUUGUUUGAUGAUUGUUAGUGAUGAAGAGCAUAAAAUAAUGAAAAAUUGGAGAGUUUCUUCGAAUUAUCUUAAUGAAAUAAUUGAUUUCCUUCAAUCUAAAGUCAAUAAGAAUGAUAAUUCAAGUAAAGGUAAUAAUAACGAUAAUUAUUUAAGAAGGUCAUUAGUGAAACCUAAAUCAUUAAUUGAAUUAUGUGGAGAUAAACAAAUAUUCAUUAAACUUCACCUAAGUGCUAUUGAACUUAUCAAAGAUAUCAAAUAA